AUGGAUUUGGAUCAGUUGGACCCGAAUCCCAGAAUUAUCGCUGCAAUGAAGAAAGCCAAACUGAAAUCCACGAAGGAGGUUUUGCACUUUUCUGGACCAGACCUGCAGUGGCUGACCCGCCUCUCGCCCGACGUGCAGCACCUGCUGAGGACCGUCCACUCGCACCUGCGGAGAGGCAGCCUCUGCACAGCAUGGGACCUGCACCGGCAGAAGGGGCGCUGCCCUGAGCAGCACCAGCACCUGAGCCUGGGCUGCCCGGUGCUGGACGGGCUGCUCUGCGGGGGCCUGCCCCUGGGCCGCAUCACUGAGCUGGCUGGCAGCAGCUUGGCAGGGAAGACCCAGCUGGUGCUGAAGCUCUGCCUGGCCGUGCAGCUCCAGCGGCAGCUGGGAGGCCUGAUGGCCAGGGCCGUGUAUGUGUGCACAGAGGAUGCGUUCCCUGACAGGCUCCUGCAGCAGCUCAUCGCGCAGAAGCGGUGUCUGCGGACAGAUGCUCCGGGCAACGUGGUGGAGAUAAACUUUGGUGACCACAUCUUCAUGAAGCACAUGACUGACGUGGGCGCGCUGCUGGAGUGCGUGUGGAGGAAGGUGCCCCUGCUGCUGUCGCAGGGGAAAGCGUGCCUGGUGGUCAUCGACUCAGUGGUGGCCCUGUUCCGCUGCGAGUUUGGGGCCCGGGCUCUGCAGGCGCUGGGGGCCACGCUGCACAGGCUGAGCUGCACCUUCCAGAGCCCUAUGCUCUGCAACCAGGUGACGGAGGCCGUGGAGGUACGUGGAACGCCUAGGGCCCCGUGGGAGCGCCUGGCUCCGGCCCUCGGCAUCACCUGGUCUGACCAGCUGCUCAUGAGGCUGGUGGCCAACUGGCAGCAGCCCGAGGGCUGCACCCUGAGGGUGGUCUUCGCCCCUCACCUGCCCCCCUCCUCCUGUUCCUACACAGUCAGCACAGAGGGCGUGCGAGGAGAAUGGCUGGGACCCAGUCCUGCUGACCAGGAAAGCCGCCUCCUCGGCCUCCCAGGUCCUGAGGUCAGCUCGGGCCCCUUGGGGCCAGCGCCUUCCUUGCCCCAGUGGCCAGGAGCACGGCCCACUGUGUGAGCCAGGAGGGAGGCCCUGCACGAGGAGCAGCUCUUGCCCGCCCCAUUCCGAAGCGGGGGUUUAGAAAGGGUCUUUUACUUUUGUGUUGUCUCUGCCACCAGCCCCUGCUGGGUCGACUGCCAGGCGUCUUGCGAGAGGUCGGCCCAUCUGCCAGGAAAACCGUCCCGGGCACAGGAGACUCCCUUAGAGGCAGGCCCUGCCCAUCCUGGGUGCUGGCGGGACCCGGCAGGAUGCCUGGCAGGGCCACACAGGCCCAGCUCCUCGCCGUGGCCAGGGCCUUGCUUCCCGUGAAAGCAGGGCCCAUGUCAGCACAGGUCCUGCCCCUCUGAUCAGCUGGUGGUGGGACGCAGGGCCCAGGGGCCACCGGGGGCUGUGGCUGCCCAGCCCAAGGGCAUGGCCUCCAUCUGGGCAGAGCCGAGUCUGUCUCCACCCCGUCUGCUCCAU